AUGCCUACCGAAGCUCAGAUCGCCGGCGGCCACAAGGCCAACAUCAACAACCCCAACACCUCCGAGGAGAGCAAGAAGAACUCCAAGGCCGUCCUCGAGAACGAGUUCAACGGUGGUGACGUCCCCAAGUCUGGCGACAACGAGGACAAGAACCCUGGCAACGUUGCUGGUGGUCUCAAGGCCACCCUCAAGAACCCCAACGUCUCUGACGAGGCUAAGCAGUCCGCCAAGGAGCGUCUUGACAACAUGUAA